UUAACAAAUUUGACACACUGUUUAGUAAAUACCCGCCUUUUAUUAUUUAUUGUAAACAAUUCGCAAACAAUUGUAAAUUUCUGAUAAAAUUUUGAAAAUUAACUACUAAAAAUAUGCAGGCCUUUCUUAAAACUGGUAAGACUACUACAACAGAAAGAAGUCAAGCCAGUACUUCCAGUGGGCAACAGUCUGGAGAACGCAGAAAACCACCAGCACCCUGGGUAGAAAAAUAUCGUCCCAAAAGUGUUGACGAUGUAGUGGAACAAGGUGAAGUGGUGGCAGUGCUGCGUAAAUGUGUUGAGGGUGCUGAUUUACCCAAUAUGCUGCUGUAUGGUCCCCCCGGAACUGGUAAGACUAGUACCAUCUUAGCUGCCGCUAGACAAAUCUUUGGCGAUAUGUUUCGUGAGAGAAUUUUAGAGCUAAACGCUUCCGAUGAGAGAGGCAUCAAUGUAGUGAGAUCAAAAAUUAAAAAUUUUGCCCAACUUACGGCCAGUGGCACCAGACCAGAUGGACGUCCUUGUCCUCCCUUUAAAAUUAUCAUACUGGACGAGGCGGACAGCAUGACACAUGCUGCCCAAGCAGCUUUGAGAAGAACCAUGGAAAAAGAAAGUCGCAGCACUAGAUUUUGUUUGGUUUGCAAUUAUGUAUCGCGCAUUAUUGAACCCAUUACCUCUAGAUGUACGAAAUUCCGCUUUAAGCCUUUAGGGGAAACCCAAAUCAUAGAACGUCUUAAGCAUAUUUGCCAAUUAGAGGGUGUUAGUAUUGAGGAAGAUGCCUAUAAAUCCAUUGUGGAUAUAUCGGGAGGUGAUAUGAGACGUGCUAUAACCACACUGCAGUCUUGCUAUCGUUUAAAGGGUGCCCAGCAUAAAAUACAAACUUCAGAUUUAUUGGAAAUGUCGGGUAUUAUACCAGAGUCUUAUUUGCAAGAGUACUUGGAAGUAUGUCGUUCGGGUAACUAUACAAAACUGGAGGAUUAUGUGCGUAAUAUUGCCUAUGAGGCUUACAGUAUUGGUCAGAUGUUGGAGCAAUUUAAUGAGUAUGUUUUAAGAUGUCCCUCUUUGACGGACAUGCAAAAGGCUCGUAUUUGCGAUAAACUGGGGGAAUGUUCCUUCCGCCUGCAGGAUGGUGGUUCAGAAUAUUUACAAAUUAUGGAUUUGGGCUGUGCUAUUAUAUUGGCUUUACAAGAAAAAUAAAGUUUAAAAAUUUUUUCGAA